AAGAUUAAUUCCCCACUGUGUAUUACCAACUAACCAUUUCAUAAUAUUAAUAAUAUUAAUAAUUUUAUUAUAAUCAUGAACUAUGAUUAUUUGAAGACUUAUAUGUCCCAAAAGGGUGGAUGGGACUUUUCCAACUAUUCCAGAAAUUCAAGAAUUCAAAACUCUAUCAACGGUCAUAAUUAUCUGAAAACUGGAACAACGAUUUGCGGAGUGAUGGGAAAGGAUUCAGUGGUUUUGGCAGCCGAUACCAGAGCCACUCAGGGUAUAAUAGUUGCAGAUAAGAACUGUUCAAAGCUUCAUAAGAUAUCGGAUAACAUAUACUGCGCAGGCGCAGGAGUUGCGGCUGACCUUGAACACACAACUCUAUGGCUUGCAAAUAACAUUGAACUUCAUAGACUAAAUACUAAGAAACAACCCAGGGCCCAGAUGUGUAUAUCAAUGCUGGUACAUGAACUCUUUAAGUAUCAAGGAUACAAACAAUGUGCUCUAAUUCUUGGAGGUUUCGAUUACACUGGACCUCACCUCUUCUCUGUUUCUCCCCAUGGAUCUUCAGACUCACUUCCAUUCUGUACCAUGGGCUCUGGAUCCCUAAAUGCCAUGACAGUUCUCGAACAAAAUUAUUUUGAUGGAAUGAGUGUUGAGGAGGCGGUGGAACUGGCGGUAAAGGCAAUAAGUGCAGGAAUUACCAACGAUUUAGGAUCGGGCGGAAACGUAGACGUAGUUGUGCUGGAUAAAAACGGUUCAAAACACUCGAGAACGUUUAAGAAAGUAUGUUCUCGAACCUACGCAGCUCCUGAUAAUAAGCUAACACCGGGAACCACCGAAUACCUCAGAGAACAUAUUGAACACAUUAAAAAACACCUCGUUGUAGAUCAAAUCGAGGUUGACUAACCUUUUAAAACAAUUUAUCCAUCAAUUUACUACUGAAUUUA